AUGUCCCAGUCUCGAUACGAGUACGAUGAAAAUUCUGAAACGUGGCCAUACUUCUUGUUGACAACUAUCUUGGUUCCAUUGGUUCCAGCAACUGUGUCGAAAAUUUACAGUUCUGUGUCGGAAGCAACAGACAAAGAGUCAUCGACUUCCUUUAGAUCAACCAAGAAAUGGUUUAAACCUUACAAUGAUAAAGAAAUUGAAAAUUUCAAAGCAUCACGUGGAAGAUCCAAACUUUUCAACAAAAGUAAUAGCUUGAUAGCAUUGGGUUGGUUGUUGACAGCCAUACUUUUCUUGAAGAUUUCUUCAAUAACCCUGACUGUUUCUGAAACAAACUUUGAUCCAUGGAAAAUCCUUGAAAUCUCCGACUCUGCGACCGAGAAGGUUAUCAAAACCGCGUACAGAAAACUAUCAUUGAAGUACCAUCCAGAUAAGGUCGACACUUCUUCUAUGUCCCAGAAAGAAAUUGAUGCAGUUGAUGCAGCCUAUGUCUUGAUCAACAAAGCCUACAAGGCCUUGACUGACGAUACCGUGAGAGAAAAUUUUCUCAAAUACGGUAAUCCAGAUGGUCCAAAUGAGAUCAAACAUGGCAUUGCAUUACCCAAAUUCCUCAUUGAUGGUCCAACGUCACCAUUUUUGGUUCUAGUGUAUGUCCUAUUGAUUGCUGUGAUUUUACCAUUGGUUGUUAGCUCAUGGUGGAACGGCGUUAAAUCCAAAACAAAGCAAAACAUUCAUGUCAACACUGCAGAUCAUUUCAUGAAGGUUAUGAUCAAUGCUAACCCGUCAAAGAUGUUAUUGAUUGAUGAUGUCUUGGAAUAUGUUUCCCAUGCCGCCGAAUACGUGGAAAUUGACUCUACUCUGUCUCCAAAACAAGUUCACAGCUUGCUGUUGUCCUACAUCAAUAGAGAACCUACAAAAGACGAAAGGUUGAGAUUGAAUGUCGUUUCCAUCACCCCUAAAUUAAUAUCUGCUUUCAUAGAAAUAUCUGCUGCUUUUAAGAAUACUGACUAUUGUGUCAAGUUGGUUGAUGCUCAUAGAAGUAUUAUUCAGGCGUUAAACAUCGAUAAGGACGCAAAAACUCGUAAGUUUCAACAAAUCUUACAACUACCUGGUACUGAUAUUUCCAAACUUGAUACCACUCAAAAUAUUCUGACUUUGGGUAAACUUUUGAAAAAGCCAACUGUUGAACCAUCUAAAUUUUUGGGAGUUGAAGUGAAAACUGUCAGCAAUAUCCAAGAUUAUGCAAAGAGUAUCCCACUUAUUGAAUCAUAUGAAUGUAGUUUUAAAGUUCCAGGAGAAGAUUUUGUUCCUCCAAACUCGUCUUCCCACAUCAACUUGAAAUUCAUAACAAAAUCACCUUUACAUAAGUCUAAGCCAGAACUGAAGGAUUUUGCUAAAAAUGUUCUUGAGACUCAACUCAAAGAAGAGGAAUCAAUGGAAAAUUUGAGAGAUCCUUUAAAAUUUGUGGAAGAGCAAAAGGAUAUAGUAAUAGAUCACUUACCACCUUUCUUCCCGGAUGAAGAUUAUAUCAAGCAAAAUUGUGGCUGGGUUGCAUUUUUGGUUGCACAGAGAGAUAAUAAAAUUGUCGAAAUCCCAAAAAUGAUUAGAAAGGCCGAUUUGAGUAAUAUGAGACUCACACAAGAGCAAUACAUCAAAUCAGAAUGUCAAAUCUCAACUUUCAAAAUUCAGCUACAAUCUCCUACUCCAAGUGCUGUUGGUGAAUAUCAGUUUAGGUUGGUCAUUAGAAACCUCAUAUAUUUCGGAAGUGACAUAGACAUUCCAUUGGUUAUGAAAGUUGAAGACAAGCCUAUGGACGUACAAAAAGACGUUUACGGCAUUGAAGAUCCAGAUGAAGACUCAAUUGCUGGUGCAAUGGCUCAAUUAAGAGGAGAACCAGUUAAGAAGAUAGAGUUUGAAAACGAAUACGAAAGUAGUGGUGACGAAGAUUCAGAUAAAGAAGAAGAACUUUGGACAGACAUUGAUACAGAUACCGAAGUUGAAGAAGAUGCAGUUGAUGAAAAAUAG